AUGGCACGAGUCUCCGACACAGUCGCUCUCGACGCCACCGAGAUAGGCGUCUAUAUCUUGCUCAUGCCCCUGAUCAUAUUCCUCGGAAUACGCCAUGGCGCCAAACACUCUCUGGGCUUCAUAUAUCUUUGCCUCUUCUCCAUCCUCCGCAUUGUUGCCGAUGCGCUGGGGAUCUCCAACCGAAACUCGACGAAUGAAAACACCAUCAUCACCACUCAAGCCAUCAACUCGGCUGGCUUGUCUCCCCUCCUCUUGAUCUUGGGGGCCUUUGCUCACGAAGCCCACCACUAUCAAAUCAAAGCGACCCUGCCACAUGGCGAGGCACAGAACGUCCUCCGCCAACUACGGAGCCUCCAAGGAGGCUUCCACGCCCUGUCAGCCGGCGGUAUGGGGUUAAUCGUCUAUGCGGCAGAAAAGUCAGCCAGCAAGGACAGCAACCACGAUUCCGGGACUUGGACAGCCCUGCGCAAGUUGGGAGUUGUCCUGAUGCUCCUUGCCGCCAUCGCGGAAGUCAUAUACGCGCUGUACGUCUGGAUGGCCGUGCGUCGAACGAAGGUGGUCAGACCGGUGAACCUCCUCGCUUUGGCCGGUUUCACGUUUGUCGGCGGCUUGUUCGUCGGGGUCAGGGCGGUAUACUCGGUCAUCUACACGUUCGAUACGAACCCGGACCUCAGCCCAGUCACUGGCAAGUUCGUCGUCAAGCUGAUCUUCAUCGUCGGUGUCCAGUUCUUGGCUGUCGCCUGCUUACUUUGCGGUGCGUGGCUGACCAGAAACGUGAGGAGGGACACGGAGUAUGAAUCGAUACGGCCGGCCGAUCAAGCCUUUGGGCAUGGUGGACACGCAGACGUUGCGAUGCCUCUCACAUCUCAGAGUUUUUCGAAAAGAUGA